AUGAUAAAAAAAGAAGAACAUGAAAGACUAUUGAGAAAUAUAGAGUCUGAGAUACGUUCACUUAGAGACUUUCAAACAUCUGAUUCCCAAGAUUUAACGCAAAUGGUAUGGAAAAAUACACUAGAAUACAGAAAACAAAGCAAAAAUUACAAUGUUUAUUUGUUCAUUGAAAAAAUUGAUGAAGAGUAUUGUAAUUCCACCAUUGCCGGGAAUGUAAUUACACGAUUCACUAAUUAUGGGCUAUUUCAUGUAGGCCUGGAAAUAGAUGGUAUCAUUAUAGAGUGGGGUUAUGGUUCUGCAGGCUCAAGCAUUGUGUGUCCAAGAGUGGAUGCCAAAAGAAUGUUGACUUAUGUGCGAGUAAAUUACGAACAAAUAAAUUCUGAAUCCAGUCCCCUAUCGUAUAUUUUAUCAGGAGCAGUUAUUUCUUUAGCCAGUGUUGUAGUCGCUUUAACUGGUGGCAUUGGUUUAUUUUUCACUGUAUUGGGAGUGAAUGCAUUAGCCGUAAUUUUAGUUGCUUCAUAUAGUAUAAUCUACCACUUAGGAACCAUAAAGAAGGAUAGACUGAAGCAAAUCGCUGAAAAAUGUGUUCGUUAUAAUAAAACUCAUGGAUAUAAUCUUAUUACAAACAAUUGUCAACAUUUUGUGGAUGAGGUCUUAGAAUCUAUUGGCUUAAAAUUUAAGCCGGAAGGAGAAUUCAAGGAAUUUAUGGAUAGAAUCAAAUAUAAUAAUGAUGAUGAUUCGUUCUGA